AUGGCCUAUCCUGGCUUUCACCAACUCCACCCCGAACUAGAAGACGUGGGAGCUUUGGACAUACCUGUCUUUCACGACACGGACAACUCCCCACUCUACGAAGACCCAUAUCAAGGUCUGCUAAGGGACAUUGUAGCAGCAAAUGAUGUCGUCGCACUUCGUCUCUACCACGCCAACCCCCACACAUGGACACGGGUGUUUCGGAAAGAUUACAUGAACCCACACUGGCAUCCUUUCUUGGUCGCAAAAGUCCAUGGCUGCGGCGAUGCCCUCCGCGUCUUGCUAGAGAUCUACCUGAGUGAUCCGGUUUACCAAAUGCCAAGAUACCCUCCGCUGGAGGAAUAUCUGGAACGUUGGGCGUUCUCGCCUAUUCAUAUGGCGUGUGCGACUGCCGAUCGGGGUUUGAUCCUCUGGUUAUUAUCGGACAAGCAGCGGAAUGGAUAUGAGUCGCCGUUAGCCAUGCUGCGGGAUCCGGGAAAUGGCUACGGCGGGCGAACACCACUGAUCUGUGCCGUUGGGUGGGUUGCCGCGCCAUGGAGGGGAUGUCGAGCGGAGGGAGGCUUUUAUCUACUUUCUGCUGGAUGA